UUAUCUCCCACUUCACAUAAAAUACUAUCUAACAACUUCUAUCACUAUUUUCUCACUAUACUUUCUUCAGAGAAACUUCUUUAGAGUCUAAAGAGAAUAGAUAUGGCAGCUGCAACAUCUGGUGCUGUGUUGAAUGGUUUGGGAUCUUCCUUCUUAUCUGGUGGAAAGAGGAGCCAAACCCUGCUAGCUACUUCCAUUGGAAGCAAAGUUGGUGUUGCAGCUGUUAGUCCUAGAAGACUUAUUGUUGCUGCUGCUGCUUCUGCACCAAAGAAAUCAUGGAUCUCUGGUGUUACAUUCGGCGGAAACUUCGUCGACCCCGAAUGGCUCGACGGAUCGCUACCAGGUGACUUUGGUUUCGACCCACUAGGCCUUGGCAAGGACCCGGCAUUUCUGAAAUGGUACAGAGAAGCCGAGCUCAUUCACGGUCGAUGGGCAAUGGCUGCAGUUCUAGGUAUUUUUGUUGGCCAGGCAUGGAGUGGAGUUCCAUGGUUCGAGGCAGGAGCCGAUCCCAACGCGAUUGCUCCAUUCUCGUUCGGUACUCUUCUAGGCACACAGUUGAUUCUCAUGGGAUGGGUGGAGAGCAAGAGAUGGGUUGAUUUCUUCAACCCGGACUCACAGUCGGUCGAAUGGGCCACUCCAUGGUCUAAAACAGCGGAGAAUUUUGUUAACUCAACCGGAGAACAAGGCUACCCUGGUGGAAAAUUCUUCGAUCCAUUGUCGCUCGCUGGUACUAUCCAAAACGGAGUUUACAUUCCGGAUACAGACAAGUUAGAGAGAUUGAAACUGGCUGAGAUUAAGCAUGCUAGGCUUGCUAUGUUAGCUAUGCUGAUUUUCUACUUUGAAGCUGGACAAGGGAAGACACCGCUCGGCGCUCUUGGCUUGUAAUGGAAAACAUUUCAUGUAGAUAAUUGAACUGAGAUGCUAGAAAGUUGCAAAUUAAGCUUUUUCUUAAGUAUGUUACUCCAUGACAAAUUAAAUUCUAUGUUAUGAUAUUGGAUGCA